UUUAGGUCGCCUCAAUAAACUAUCGGAUCCUGUGAAAAUGGCUUGCAAAAAUUUAUUUGCAGCCAUUUUUGUGUUUGCCUGUUUUUUGACCUGUAACGGCGAGGAUUGUGAGGUCUACGAUGAAUUUGGAUCGUGUACAGGACCAUGUUCAGAAGAUAAGGUGAUAUACAGCAUGGGCUGUCACCAGGAAAGCAUGACGGAGAGAACAUGUCGGAACCCAGUUCCUCGGAACAUAGGUGUACGAUGUGAUUACGCUAGGUGCGAGUGCCCUGAGCCCAUGAUUUGGGAUGAAGCAGCCCACAACUGUGUCAACAUUGAAGACUGUUCUGAUCAGUCUGGUGUUACUGCGAAGAUUGAAGACUAGAUAUGAAAUUAGCUGAGACGAAUGCAUUGUCAAAAGAUUUAAGAAAAUACGACGUUUAAUGAAAUCGUUACUUUCCUACAGUUCUGUUACAAAAUCUACUAAAGCAAUCGUACUUACUCUACUAC